AUGGAGAUAUUCGGAGACCGAGCUAGACAAAACGAAGCCUUCCAGGAAAUGCAGGAUUCUGAGGAACGAACUGACAAGGAGAUGCGAGAAGAGUUUCUCGGAGUGGAGAAAGUGUUAGUUCAGCAGUUCCAAGGAACGCUCGAAAGUGUGAGACUGGGGAAAAUCAACGAUGACUACACCAUCACAUCGCUGCGUGAGCUUCAUGUGCUAAAAGACAUCUCAAUCGACAUCCGGCAGCUAUUCGCAGCGGACUCCGAGUGCCGAUCAACAGCACUCGUCAACCUAAGCGACACGCUGCCUGCCUCAAUCGAGACGGUCAAAGUCAUAGGCGGCAUAUACAGCAUGAUGAGCGACUUCGAAGCCUCAACCCUUGAAACAGGGCUCAUUGCGUUUGUAAAGGCCAAGAUCCCUGAGAACCCCAGUCUCAGAGCCAUCUGCGUUCGCGAGUUGUACAUUGAGAGGGGCAAAGGGUACAAGAACCCUCGGUUCCGGUCAGAUAUGUUGCGAAAAGAGUGUGAGAGGAACGGAGUGGCUCUGAGCGAUUGUACGGAGCAGCCGUGCUCGACGUGCGUUGCUCGGCCGCCUGUGGUGAGUGAGGAGUUGGACGAAGGGGAAGUUACGUGCGGGGGUGACGAUUACGAUGAAGAGAACAAGGAGGACAAAGAGGAUAGCGAAACGAAUGGCGACGAAGAUAGAGAUGAAGAGAGAGGUGAUAUUUCAUAG